UCAACUUGAACACUUUACAAGUUUUCCAAUAUUUUGUUGACAGAUUAAGACAUUUUGGAGAAUACGAUAUUGCUCUUACACUAUUGGAUGAAUUUAAAUCAGAAGAAUCUAGUAAUGACAAAGCUUGGUAUUUUAGUGUCCUCGGUCUUUUAUACCAUAACACCGGAAAAUAUAGCAAAGCUAAGCAUCAUCAUGAAAAAGCUUUGGAAAUUCGAAAACUAUCGUUAGGUCCAAAUCAUGUUGAUGUCGCUGCGUCUUUACACAAUAUUGGUAUGGUGUUUCAUGAAACUGGAAACUACGACAAAGCUAAAGAGUUUUACGAAAAAGCUCUGGCAAUUAGAAAACAAUCGUUAGCUCGAAACCAAGUUGAGGUUCCUCGGUCUUUAAGCAGUCUUGGUAAUGUGCUUGAAAAAACUGGAAAUUACGACAAAGCUAUAGAGUUUCACGAAAAAGCUCUGGAAUUUCAAAAACAAUCGUUAGGUCCAAAUCAUAUUGAUGUUGCUGCAUCAUUAAACAAUAUCGGUUUGCUUUAUGAUAAAACAGGAAAACAACAUAAAGCUAUAAAGUUUUUUGAAAAAUCUCUAGAAGUUCGAAAACUGAAUGUGCUUGGUGAAGACCUUACUCAUGUCACUGCGUCUUUCCGCAAGUUUCGUACGAUGCACGAAGAAACUGAAAAAUAUGAGUCUCAAAAAACUCAAAGUAAAUUUCCAGUUCCAAGUCAUGCUCAUGUUUCUCGGUCAUCAAAUUAUUUUGAAAUCACAAGUGGUGAUGAUGCUACUGCUAAAGAUGUCGGAAAUUCUCCUGGUGUUGAAAAUAUAAAUCAAGAAUUGGUGUUGCAAGAGUGGAAAUACAUUGAUGAAUCAACGAAACAUAGAGAAUUGUUUUUAAAAUUGAUUGAAUAUGGACGCAAUUCCGGUGUUGAGGUUAAAGAGGUGGGCAAUGUACGAGUAAUUUUCUCAAAAGAGUUUUGCAUUGGCGAAGGAAGUGGUGCAACCCGUGUUUAUCUUGGACUGGGUAAGGAUGGUUAUGGUAAAGCAGUGAAACGAAUACAUCAAGAUAGAUACAAAGAGCUUGCGCAGCAGGAAAAGGAAAUUUUAAAUCAAUUCAACGCAAAAAAAUCGAAAUAUGUUGUGAAUUAUUCCUUCUUAGAAGAAGAUACUGGAACGGAGUAUGUCUACUUAAUAUUAGACUUAUGUGAAGAGUCGUUGGAGAGUUAUGUGAAAUCUACUUUGGAAGAUCUUCAAAAAGCUCUUCCCAAAAUUCUCAGACAAAUUUUGCUAGGAUUAGCUGAUCUUCAUAACGCCCCAAAUCCUAUUCUUCAUAGGGACUUAAAGCCCACCAAUGUUCUCCGAGACACACAACACAACUUUCUUAUAGCUGACUUUGGCAUUAGUCGAAUAUUAGAAAAUGAUUCUACGACAUAUAAAAGCAGUCCUAACAUGGGAACUGAGUAUUGGAUUGCUCCUGAAUCAUAUUGUGAAGAUGAAGAUACAUUUCAUACGGGACGGUACAAGAAACAAUCUGAUGUAUAUAAUGCAGGAAUGGUAGCUUAUUAUAUUGCAACAGAAGGAAAACACCCUUUUGGGAAGAAACGGCUUAGAUUGGACAAUAUGUUAAAAGGAAACCCUGUUGGUUUGGAUGAAAUCAAGGAUGAAACUCUAAAGGACCUUUUGUCGUGGAUGUUAAAUCUGAAACCUGAAAACAGACCAUCUGCUACCGUGGCGUUAAAACAUCCAUUUCUUUUGUCGGAUGGCGAGAAAUUUGACUUAUUAUGUAAAGUUGGAAAUCUUCCGCAGAUUAAGACAAAUGAUCCCCUGUGUAGUGUCGUUCAACAAUUGAAUAGUGAAUCCUCAGAUUGGAGAAGCCAAAUGGAUAGUGAUGUUUAUGAUUAUUUGGUGAAUAAAAGGACCUAUAAAUCUUCAUGGACAGAAUGCUUAAGACUUAUUCGAAAUAUUGACCUGCAUUGGAAGGAUCUAACAAAGCGAAAACGAAAACCAGAACCAUUUUAUAAGAUUGGCGAUUACAGGGCGUAUUUUCUCCGAACAUUUCCUAAUCUCCCUGUUCGGGUACAUGCUGCUGUCAGGUCAAAUGAAGAAUGGAAGAACGACAAGGGACUCGAGAAAUUUUUUAAUUUUACUGAAAGCUAACUAAAUCAAUAAACAAUUUAGAUAUAACAGAACCUGUUAGGAGUGAAAAAGUAGCUAUUAAGAAAUCGUUGAUACUGUAGAGAUCAUAUAUUGUAGAUAUAAAGAAAAACAGUUUCCACGACGUAUUUAGAUAAUAUUUCACCACAUUUCUGGUGAAUCUUUAGCCCGUGGUAUUCAUUGAUACAAUGUAAUAUACCUGAUUAUUUAAUUUUUACUGUAAAUUGUUUUGGAAAAAGACUGAAGGUGAACAUGACAUUAAAAGUUAACUUUUA